GUCAUAUUUUAAAUCCAAAUUGAAUGAAAUUUGCUCCAUUUGAUCAUUAAGCAGAGAAAAACGAUUGUUUCAUUUUCUAAUUGAAUUAAAAUAAUGAUCUUGCCAUAAUGAUGAAGUGUCUAGUAUUUCAACCAAACAAUUGUGCUAUCGAAGUUAAUAUUCGAAAUAAAGCUUUCGGUCAAGAAUGUUUGAACAAGGUUUGUGAUCUGAUCGAUAUUAUUGAGAUCAACUUUUUCGGCCUGCAAUAUUAUCGUAAUGGUCAGCCAUAUUGGCUUAUUCUACGCAAAAGAAUCGAUCAACAGAUCAAUGCUCGAAUGAAAAUGAUUCGCUUAUAUCUCAAAGUAAAGUUCUAUGUUCUUCCACAUCACAUUCAACAAAAUUCAACAAAGCAUCAAUUCUAUCUGAAUAUUUGUCAAUAUUUGGAGACAAAGGUAUUGAAAAUUGAUUCGGAAAAGCGAACCAAAUUGAUUGCAUUGAUAGCCCAAAUUGAAUUUGGUGAUCUGGAUGAAGAAUCAUAUGAUCUCAAAAUACUUUAUUCAAAAUGGCUGUCGAUAUUAUUUCAUUCGGAACAGACUAAGCGAUUAACAUCGAAUCAUAGAUCACUAAUGAACAAUAAUAAUCAUAAAUAUCGACCAUAUUGUGAUACACUGGAUAUCGAUGAAAGUAACACUAUAAAUAUUCGGACCAAAUCAAAAACAAUGACUGCUGCCAGUCAUGACGGUGACAAAAAUUGUGAUUUUAUGCAACGGAUUGUAUUCUGGCAUCAAAGAUAUCAAGGAUAUUCAUCGCAUUAUGCGAAAAACUUAUUCCUCAAAGAAGCGUUGGAAAUCAACGAUCUUGGUGUGGAUUAUUUUUCCGUAACAUCCAACAAGAAAAAUCUUCUGGUAGGUAUUGGACCACGCGGUAUAACAAUAAAUCAUUCCUCUAAUCAUAACAAUGAUAAUAUCAAAUUGAUAACUUACAAUAAAUUGAAAGAAAUUCAUCAUCAUAGAUCAAGUCAUUUAUUAAAUUAUAACUAUAUCAUAACCAUCAAUUACAAUGAUGAAACCAAUCUAAUCACCGAGCAAAAAUUUCGAAUUUAUUCUGAAAAAGAUUACUAUCAAUUUUUUCGUUUGAUCAAUGAACGACGUGCUUUCUACAGUCUUCCAAUGAUCGACCAACAGACAAUCGUUUCCAAUCGAUUCAAUUCAAACUUUACUUUUCUCAAUGAUUUAAUGCAAACACUGUCAUCACCAACAUCAUUGUUGAAUUUGACGUCAUCGUCAUCGAACAAAUCAACCACACUGAUGAAUAAAAAAGCAUCCAUAUUUGAUGUUGAUAAAACAUUGAAGCAAUUUUAUGAUGAUGUUCGACGUUACAUUUAUCAUUUCAACAGACAAUUCGAUAAUGUUAUGCUCAAAAAUGCCAUGUUGGUUCGUCAGGAUUCGCUUUUAUUUCAUCAUUCAAAUCAACAACAACAACAUUACACAAAUUCGGACAUUACCGAUAACAAUAAAUCACUAUGCAAAAUAUGUUUGGAUUAUCAGAUUGGCAUCGCAUUUAUACCAUGUGGCCAUACAUCUUGCGAACAGUGCUGCCUCAACAUUAAAAACGAUACUUGUCCAUUCUGUAAAUGUGAAAUGAAAUCAAAACAGAAAAUUUUCCUUUAGAAACUGUGUGUGAUGGAUGUUAUUUUGUUGAAUUUGUUUAUUAUUAUUGCUUUGCUUUCUUCAACUAAAUGUUGUGUCUCAAUGUAUUUGGUGAUAAUGAUUAUUUUGUUUUUGUUUUUACAAAUCAUCCAUAUCCGUUUCGACGAUGAGAAAAAGUUUUUGGAGAAAAACUUUGACGCAAUCUAUAGUUAUUAUUUAUAAAAGUAUAAUAUUUUACAAUUAAUGUUGCAAAUUAAUUAAUAAAAUGACAUAGUUACCCAAA